AUUUUUACCUAAGUGACAACUGGUUUGAUAACGAAUUCUGUAAAUCCCCUAUAUGUGUUUUUAUCAAAAUAAUCCUUCAAUGUAAGAUUAGGUUAUGUAAAACUGAAAACAGAAAUACCAGAGAAUAUUAUAACCUUAUUCUUUAUUUGUUUAGUUCUUUCAUCACGUUCGUAAUCCGUUUAUAAAAAACUAAUCGUUCACAAUCAGGGAAGCAUUCAGAUUUAUUUAUUUACUUAAAGUGCCUCCUGUAUUCGGAAUGAUAAUCAUGUUUGUGUUAUUUACUGCCAAAAAAAUUAACAAUGAUUACAUCGUCAUUUCCAAAAGAAUAAUUGUAAUGUGAGGAAUAAUUGUUUGUUUUGCUUUUGGAUGGAGCGCUACCAAUAGGUAGUUUCUCUUCAUGUUGUAGCAGACAGAGUAUCAUGUAGAGGCUUGACAAUAGGUUCCAAAAUAUCGUCCUGAUAGUUUUUAGUGGUUGUUUUAACUCCUUCACGAAAAUGCAGCUUUGUGGUGCCAUCAAAGCAAACUCCCCAAGAGCCAUCACUGAGGAAGGGUCAUGACCUCUUUCCACUCUUCCAAUGACUUCCUGGACUUCUAAGCUUCUUUAGACCGCACAAACGAUCAUUUUGGCGAUUAAAUUUUUCUUUAAUUGUAAAAAUUUUCUCAUCGCUAAACAAAGCUUUCGAUGAAGACCAUUGGUGUAACGGCCAAGGAGCACAUUGCAUUUAUCCACUUUAAUUUUUUUUAGGGAAGUUGUUAGCCUUUGUCCUGCCAUUCUUCGAGAUGCGCCCAUUCUAAGGCACUAGCAGAUCCAGCAUUGGGGUGCCCCGCCCCCUCCCCGGGAGGUGAAAAAAAUGUUAUGAGAGGUAAAGCUAACCAUUUAUUCGACAUAUUCUCCGCUUGCCCUCACGUCUUCUACUGGUACACUGGAGUACACUGGAGUAUGGAAACUUUUUUUGGAGGGGAGGAGCCAUUAUACAGUCGAACGUAACGUCUUAAUAUUUCAAACUCCCAUAUUGCCUGAAAGGCAGGGAAAGGUUUAAAUAAAUAAAUAAAAUAGUAAGUUUCCUUUAGCUCAUUGCCAAAAAUUUAAGUUCUCUGCAAGUACUGAAGUUGAGCAGCGUGAUAUAAUUCAGCAAUAUGAAGAGUUUUUAACAAGAGAAAGAUGAUGUAAGGAACUAAGGAAAAUCUUGUGGAUACAAUUUCUCACACUUGUUUUUCUCCUAAGAUAUAAUCACUUGGAUGUCUACUUUUUAGAGUUUCCAAAGCCUAUUUUAAUUGGUGUACAUAUGAUCAUCAAAACAGUUAGAAAAUAGUUGGUUAAAUGUUUGAGACGUUGACCGAGAUAGAUUAAGGUGUGUGAUGUAAGUCUGUUCCUUAAUUCCUAUGAACUUGCUCUUUCUACGGCGCCUUCAAAGAAACGAACGUGAGAAUUAGAAGCAUCAAGGUUGACGGAAUAGAUGAUGCUCCAGCAAGUCUUAAAAGCACGGGGGAGGACAUAAACACAAGACCAUUUCUAUCAGUAUUAAGCUACAAAGGAUAUCAACUAAAAUCUAGACAAAUAAAUUGAUCCCGAUCAAUAGGAAGAAGUAUAUAGAUGUUGAUAUAACAAGACAUUCAUCAUGACUGAAGGCUCCAGCAGUCAGAACGCGAUCUGUGAUCCUUUUGUCUUUAUCGCUAUGGAUGGUCGCAAUCUAUGCGACAGUGGUAAUGGAAUAGAAAGUAACAUAACUAUAUCUUAAAAUCACUUCAGACAGCUUUAUCAUAUCGUCAAGACAUAUCGAGGUCUGCGUGCAGGAGCCUUAUAGAUUGAUAGGUAAGCAACGAUCAGCUGAACCAGAGGAUUGGAAGUUAACAUCUAAGCCAACUACUAUCAUUGCUUCUAUAUAUAAGUACAUAUAUCAGAGAUAGAAUUCAUGGUUAAGCUAGAAACUUAAGGAUUAUUUUGAGCUCAGAUAAACGGUGAUACUUGUUUACCCAACAGUUGCACGGAUAACUAUAAUCGUCUACCGUUCAAUCAAGGUACUGAUACUAUAAAUAAUCUAGAUAGAAAUAACGGAAAACUCGUUUUAAUUCAAGAAGAAUUGAAAGUAUUUUCAAAAGUAACCUAACACUCUGGUUAUCGCGUCAUAGUAAAGAAGUAUUGAAAACGUCAACAAUCAUGGAAUUAAAUUGAAAAAGACUAUCUGGAAUCUCUUAUCAAACAUUUUAUAGGAGUGAUAAGCACUAACGGAUCGAGGAUUUAAUUUUGGUUAGGGCUUCAGCCCGAAAGCUUUAUUUUUUUUACAAUAUUACGAUAAUUACUAUGGAAGAAAAAAGAAAGAAACUACCUACCUAUAUUAAAUACUGUUCAAAUGAUUCUUGAAGUUCUAUUGAAUGCAAUUAGAUGAACAAUAAUACUUUCAGAGAUAUUUUUUUUAUACGAGUUUCGUAAAACAUUUUUAUAGGGAGAGGGUGAUUCAGACCGAAAACUCUCCUCCCCCCCCUCGUUGUCAUAAGUGAAAUUCAUAACAUGAAGGGUUCGCGAUAACCAAUGGCAUCAAGAAAAUACUCAAAAAAAAAAAAUGAAAAAAUUACGAAACAAUGGAUAAAAUGGAGAAUAAUUAUUUGAUAUGAUUAUCUGGUUUAAUUCACUAUUAGUAAUAUCUUCUCUUUCCUUCCAAAUGUCAAAAGAUUAGCUAGUUGACAUGUAUAUUAAGAAUUUGUUUGUAUAUUAUAAUCCAAAUCCACCAAUGAUAAUAAUUUUUUAUUUAAUCUUAUAAAUAAACAUAAAUAAAUACAUAUGCUGGAAGAGUUUGUGUCAUUAAGCUGACAACACUGAAGUAUAUGAUUUUGGACGUUUUCUUUCACACUAGUCAGUGUUGAACGGAGUUCUGUUCAGGGUUAGUUGUUUUAUAGGUUAACACAAUGCCGAUUAAAGAUAUUGCAUCUGUAACUGGGGAUGCUAUGCUCAUAGUAGAACAGAAAGAUGGAAAAGACAAAAUACCUAGCAGCCUAAAAAAGGAUAAAUUAAUAUUACCAAUAAAUACUACAUUACAAGAUGUGAACACAGGAGAAAUAACCAUUAAGGAAGAACCAGAGGAUGAAGAACCAUCACGCACAUUAGAUGAUAACGCUGUAGUCACCAUAAAAAGCGAGCCAGAUGAAUUUGAAUCAGGUGAUAAUUCUUCACUUCAAAGGUCUAAAAGUGUAACUCCUUAUAAAUGUCAUCAUUGUGGAUUAGAGUGGGAUAAAUUUAAUGAUCUCAGAAAACAUAUCAAAUCCAAGCACAUUCCAAAGAGGUUAAAGUACAAAUGCCACUACUGCUCCUUCAGAGGAAGUUUGCUUAUUCAUUUAAAAAAACAUACGAAAGAGAAGCAUGCAGGUGCAGCCUUGCUAUGUUGCCCAUAUUGCUACUACCAGACCUGCGUUCCGUAUUGCUUAAGGUACCAUGUUAUCAACAAGCAUCUUAAGGGAAAUUCUGAACAUACAAUUGGUGCAGAACAUUUAUUAAAUUUAAAAAAUAGAUAUCACAACGAUGCAAUUCUCACACAUGGUAAUGAAGCUAAUAAUGAAAAUUCUCAAGCUACAUUAAAGAGUGAACCUCCAGAAAUUGAAUCAGAUGAAAAUGUCGGUGUUUCUGUAAAAAGUGAACCUUUAGAUUUUCAACUUGACGAUGACUUACCGUUUCGAGGUUUUGAAACUUCUACGCCAUAUAAGUGUUAUCAUUGUGGAAUAAAGCGAGACAAGUUCAGUGAUAUAAGGAAACAUAUCAAGUCGAAGCAUAUUGUGCAAUCAUUAAAGCGGCUUUGUCCAUACUGUUGCUUCAAAGGUUCCUGUUUGCGUCAGCUAAAAAAUCAUGUAGAGAAAAACCAUCCGAAGGAGAGAACAUUGUGGUGCCCAUAUUGCUAUUAUCAAACUUCUAUACCAUUCUGCUUGAGGUUUCAUGUUAUCAAGAGGCAUAUCAAAAGAAAAUCUAAAUAUAGAGCUGGUGCAAAACUAUGUCAAGAUUUGAAAAAAAUGACUUAUAAUUAUUCCUCGAAAUUGUCUAAUGGAGUUGGUGCUAAUUCAAAGAAGAAUUGUGUUAUUCCUAAAGCUUCCGUGUUACAUGGCAUCCAGCUGUACGAGUGUUUUUAUUGCCAUAAGAGCUGGCAAGAUCUUGAUGUGCUGAGGUCUCACAUUGACCUUAUCCACAUAAAACCUUGUGGUCAAAAAAGGAAACUAAUAUGGAAAGAUCGGCCUAAUAAAUGUCCCCAUUGCAACUACAGAACAGCACAAGAAGACUAUUUGAAGCAACACAUCAACGCUAAGCAUACAAAAGCUGAGGUGUAUUCAUGUCCCUACUGCCCAUACAUCGCUUAUAUGAAGAACUCCCUCACCUACCAUUUAAAAGUCAAACACACGAACACAAACGAAAAACUUUGCUGCCCACAUUGUGAUUUCACUGCCUUUACCAGCAGCAUUUUAAAAUAUCACAUAAUUGGUGAGCAUACUAAAGACAAACACCUUUCUUGCCCUCAUUGCGAUUACAAAUCUUUCAGACCUUACCUAUUAAGAUUUCACUUGUUAAAACAUACCAAAGAAAAAAAUUACCCGUGUCGAGAGUGUAAUUACAAGGCAUCCCGUCUCGAGGUAUUAAAACAUCAUGUUAAAUCUAAACACAAUCCUGAAAAAUUUAAGUGUCAAUUUUGUGUUUUUAAAUGUCCUCAAUAUUCCCAACUGAAGAUACACCUUCAUCUAGAUCACCGGGAUGAACUUAUGCAUAAGUGCCCACAAUGUGAUUACAAAGCUGCUAGGGCUUAUACCUUAAGGUGUCACUUGCAACUGAAGCAUAAUAGUGAAAAGAAUUUUUCAUGCAAUCUGUGUAGUUACAAAACAUCGUUGGAUACUAAAUUAAAACUCCACAUGGAUAUCAAGCAUUGUGCGGAGAAGAUGCUGAAGUGUCCCCAUUGCAGUUAUGAAGUAGCUCAAGCUUUCUCAUUAAAGAAUCAUAUUAAAAUCAAACACGAACGUGACAAACCACACAAAUGCCCAAACUGUGAUUAUAGUUGUGCAUCUGCUUCUUACCUGCUUUCACAUAUUAGAGUAAAGCAUACGAAAGAGAAGAUUUUCAAGUGUGAGUAUUGUGAUUAUACUUCGGGGUCCAACAGUAGUCUAAAAUAUCAUGUAAAAUCUAAACACAUAAAGGAUAUUUUCCGGCAGUGCCCCCAUUGUGAAUACAAUGCUCUCACUUCCAGCGCGUACAGUCGCCACAUGAAACGAGUGCAUUCUAAUGAGAAACCGUUUAAGUGCUCGUACUGUGAUGCUAAGUAUCCUUUUGGUUGGGAAUUGAAGCGCCACAUUAAAAUCCACCAUUCGCAUACUGAUGAUGGUAUAUGACCACCAUCAGUACCCUCUUCAAUGUAAAUAAUCCUAUUUCUCUAGUCAAUAUUCGUUAUUUGAAGGCAAACUAUUCUUUUUUAUUCGAAAGUCUUAUCGAUAAUCUUUAAUUUAUGAUCAAUUUAUAUAUAUAUAUAUAUAUAUA